AUGCCUGAGUGGAUCUCGACGUUUCCAGGCUACAGCCAGCUCAUGCGCAAAAUCAAGUGCACCAUAGGAGGCGUUUGCAAAACGGGCCCUGUACCGCGCCAUGUGGGGGUCAUUAUGGAUGGAAACCGCAGAUACGCCAAAACCAACAAAAUCGAAAUGAAGGAAGGCCACAAUCUCGGCUUUGACAGCAUGGCGUCCAUUUUGGAGCUCCUAUACGAAUCUGGUGUCGCAUGUGCCACGGUGUAUGCGUUUUCCAUCGAAAACUUCAAACGUCUGCGGUACGAGGUCGAAUGGCUCAUGAACUUGGCCAAAUCUAAGCUCUACCAGAUGAGCCAGCACGGCGAGCUUUGUGACCAGUACGGCAUUCGCAUAAAGAUCUUGGGAAACGUGUCCCUAUUGCCGGCCGAUGUGCAAAAAAUUUUACAAGACACGCAAAAAAUGACUGCUCAUAACACCCGUGCAGUGUUGAACGUGUGUUUUCCGUACACCUCGCGGGACGAAAUCGCCCAUUCGAUCCGCGGCGUGGUAAAGGCGUCAAUGGAAGACCCGGAAAUGAUCAUUGACGAGCACACGAUGGAGAACUAUUUAUAUACGGCAGACGCCCCACCAUUGGAUCUUCUCAUACGAACUAGCGGAACAAGCAGGCUUUCCGAUUUUCUCUUGUGGCAGAGUGUGCCGUCUACAUGUGCCAUUGUCUUCAGCGACCGGCUUUGGCCCGAGUUUCUGCCGUGGGAUAUGACUAAAAUCCUUCUCUCCUGGAGCUUCAACAUGUACUGGUAUGGCCACGGCAACGGCCAGACAAUGUCCAAAAUUGUGCUACACUCCUCCGCCCUGCCGUCAUUGAAAAACCAUGACGCAUCUCUCUUUGCAGACUCGGACGUCUCCACUGCUUACGAACGGUAUACUACAGAAUCGCCUGUUGACGCCACGGAGAGACUAAGUCUGGCCACUGGGAGGGAUUGA